CCGGGCGCAUCGGUGCACGCCGGGAGUUGGAGUUCGAUCGGCAGGAACUGUCGCCACCUCCCCUGAGCCCCUCCCCGCGCGGGUGUCCCGCGAGCCAACGCUGAGGACGAGGACCGAGCGGCUGAUUGGGGCGGGAGGCGGCUUGGGCUCCUGCGCAGACGGCUGGGCCGGCGAGAAGCUGGGGAGCGCCGGGGAGAAUGCAUAAGCUUAAAUCAUCUCAGAAGGACAAGGUCCGCCAGUUUAUGGCAUUUACUCAGGCUGGUGAAAGAACUGCCAUCUACUGCUUAACACAGAAUGAGUGGAAACUAGACGUGGCCACUGACAACUUCUUCCAAAACCCGGACUCGUUCCACAAGGAAUCCAUGAGAAACACAGUAGACAAGAAGAAGCUGGAGCAGCUGUAUAACAGGUACAAAGACCCACAAGAUGAAAAUAAAAUUGGAAUUGAUGGGAUUCAACAGUUUUGUGAUGAUUUAAGCCUAGAUCCUGCCAGUAUCAGCGUUUUGGUUAUAGCGUGGAAAUUCAGGGCAGCAACUCAAUGUGAAUUUAGCAAAAAGGAAUUUGUAGAUGGCAUGACAGAACUUGGGUGUGACAGCACAGAAAAGCUGAAAACUCUCCUGCCAAGAUUGGAGCAGGAGCUUAAGGACACAGUGAAAUUUAAGGAUUUUUAUCAGUUUACUUUUACUUUUGCUAAGAACCCUGGGCAAAAAGGUUUAGAUUUAGAAAUGGCGGUUGCAUAUUGGAAUUUAGUAUUAUCUGGAAGGUUUAAGUUUUUAGAUCUUUGGAACACCUUUUUAUUGGAACAUCACAAAAGAUCAAUCCCAAGGGACACAUGGAAUCUUCUGCUAGAUUUUGGAAAUAUGAUUGCAGAUGAUAUGUCUAACUAUGACGAAGAAGGAGCCUGGCCUGUUCUUAUAGAUGAUUUUGUAGAAUACGCCCGGCCAGUAGUCACAGGUGGUAAACAGAGCCCUUUCUAGGCAGAAAAUGAAGAUGGAUUAGGAUUAGAAAAUGAACUGCGUCCUGCAAGGAGACAUUUUGGUCAGUUACUGUGCACAUGUGUCACCGAUUUCAGAAGUCAUCCUUGACCAGUCAUGAAACUGGAAUGACCAUCUCACUCUGCUUAAAGAAAAGGGUGGCUGGUUUGGGACACUGUACGGAGACCCUCAGGAGAGAGCUGCUUCAGAAUGUCUGGCGAUAGGUCACAUAGCUGCUGCUUUAAGAGAUUUCUGCAUGAUUUUUAUAUUUAUGAAAAAGUAACCUAGAGCCUGUUUGCAGGACUGCAGAGCAUGCUGUUAACUCAUGAUUUAAGGUGAACACCAGCAGUUAUACUCUGCUGAAUUCUAUGUAAUUAUACUUAAAAAACAAAACAAAACAGUAUUUGUGUCCUUGGUAGGAUGUUGUAUUUUUAUACAAGUCAAAGCUGUUUAAAAUGUGCCCAAAAGAAGAAGAUCUCGUCGUGGAUUCUAACAUUUUUUAAACUUGGUGCCAGGAAUUCAAGAUUUAUAUUUUUGAAUUAUCAAAUAUCUAGAUUUACCAGAUCUAUUUUUCCUUUAAUUUUCUCUAGAUGUUCAUCUGAAAAUCAUUUUAUAGUUUUUAAUAGACAUUACAGUUUGCACAGCGAUGGCACGUGUAGUAUGUGAUUCCAGGGAAGUUUUAUUUUAAACUGUUUACAAGUCAACAGGUCUAUUUUACUUUUAAUAAUGUCAUUUGAACUUCCUAAGAAGUUUCGUAAAGUAUGCUUUUUAAAAAAUGUAUUUUAUUACAUUUAAAAAGACAUUUUCCAUGAAAAAUAUUUCUUUUAUGAAUGACGAAUUAUAGAGAUUUAAAAAAUCAAGUAAGUUGGUUCCUUUCAACUGUGUGUAACAUCCACAAUGUCCACCCUCCAGCCCUUUGUGUGGUUGUGCACAUUUGGAAGCUAAAGUACACAUUAUUGUCCAAAACACCCAACGAAACCGGAAACCUUCGUGUCAUUCACACACUGAAGUCUGUGUUGGCCUCACGUUGCCAUCUGAUUUCUCUGGUGUUUGCCUUGUCAGAGACGACCGUCCAGGACAACACGGAUAAAUGGGGUGUAGUCCAAAGGCCGGAGGCCUGUGACGCACCAGCUCUUUUGGAAAAGCUCUGUGUAGAGUUUUGAAGGUCACUGUGUGGACCCUACCUCAGAUUUGAAAGACCUUCACGUCACAAAUGUGCCUGCUGUCCACCCACAACCCAGUUUAUGAGACAGAUAAGUUGAAGUUAUUUCACGGGAAAGAGGAAAUUCACUUCAGAUUUCUUGUAUAGUUUGUUUUGACUUUCAAAAAUGUGAUUCACUCCGUGGUUGAGGAAGCACCCAUGUAUACCAUGAGGUUUGCCUAGACUUACUACAUGUGAGCUAUUUACAUUUUUGAAUGAAAUCUGUCAAAGAGGGCAGCAGGCCGUGGAGGAUUGGGAAGGGGUAGAGGCCUAGAGACCACAGUCAAGGCUGGGGUCCCCGGCCCCAAACUAGGUGCAGGACCCAGGUAAGUCACUUCACCUCUCCCAGGCCUCCACUGCUACGUCUGCAAAAGGAAAAGUGGGGUCAUCUCUAUCUGUAAGUCUGUGAUUCUAAGAGAGCAUUUAUUUUAUAUAAGAAAAGCUAGCUUUAAUAGAAACCUCAACAAUUUCGAAGCAUCCUUCAGGGCUUCAUGUAUUCUUGACAUGUAAGUGUUCUACUCAGAGAAGGUCAUAGAACUCAGAUAAGCCUGUAUAAAUUGUAGAGGUCUGGGACUCUUAUUCUUCAGAUUAAAAUUACAUGGGGAAAAAUGUUUUCUGCACUUGUUUAUCAAUAGAUAUCAAAACAUUGGUCAUCGGACAAAGGCUCUUCAAAAAAUUGUGGGUUUCUUUUUCUUCUAUUAUAUACAUUUAAGUCAUGCAUGCUGUGAAAGUGCUAAGAACUUUGGAAACAUUAAAAUAAAUUAUUUU